AGAAGAGGGGGGAAAUGUACGGACAUUGGACGAUGUGUGACGCAGCCGAAACGGAGCAAAAUAAAAUGAAAAUUGUGGUUUGCAUGGAGCGUGGUUCGACAUCCGGACGCUGUUUGAGCUUCAUGUUGCAAAGUUGUUGUAUUUUUGUUUUGUUUGUUUUUUUUUUAAAUGUGGUGGCGUUUAAAAUGGGUUUUUGGUGAGCAGCAGUGGUCUGGUGCUUACGUGGCCUAUAAAAGUACCUCGUAAAAUAAAAGCUCCGAAAAAACGCACUGUAUCGGUUUUGGAUAACCCAGAGGAGAUUUCACCAGAACCGACUGGCUGAGAUACUAUAAUAUAUAUAUAUAUAUAUAUAUUUCUUUCAGUCAUUCAAAAAUGUCUUUCUCACACAAAGCAGAUCUCGGUUAUAUCUUGAUAUUUCUUAUCUUUAAAACUGGAGGUUGUUAUGGGAGAGCGGGUGAGUAUUUAAUGACCAAAGGGAUUGAUUUAUCCUUUAUUGUUCAGCCCUUGUGGUCACGUGCGCCUGCUACCCAAUGGCGUGGCAGCCUGGGCUCCCCAUUACUAGCCCGCUGUAGUUCUCUGUGGGGCCAAGUUGCUACUUGAUUUCUCCACAUUGUUAUUUUGUGAGGCUGGGUUUACUGCGUGUGUAUGUAUGUGUGCUGUGUGUGUGCGUGCGCGUUUUUACUUUUUGCAUGUAUCUGCUGAAUGACUGCGUACAUGUGAGAGUGUAAUUCUUUUCUGCCAUGUCGACAUCCGGAACACUGACUAGUUACUACGUCGAUUCCCUCAUUCUGCCCGAGAGCGAGGAGGUCUCUGUGCCGAGAUACUCCUCCGGUCCCGGGCUCCAGCAUGGCAGACAGCCCGCCUCCCUCGGCGACCACGGCGAGCUUGGGACUUGCACUUUCCCGUCCAAGCCUCCGGUAUUCGGUCCGUCGUGGAGCCACGUCCCGGCUCAGUUCCCAGGCACCGUCUCCUCUGUUUAUCACCACCAUUAUGGGCAUCCACAAGGCCCGGUGGGCGCAGAUUCAGACGGCCGUUAUCAGUCGUGGCUGCUGGAGCCCAUGUCAGGCUCCCUGCCCAUGACCGGAUUACCGACGACCCACCAUUACGGAAUCAAACCGGAGGGUCUUGGGACGCGGGCUGACGGCGCGCUGCCGGGCUCCCACACGGCGCUGCUGCUCUCCGAUUACGCCAACGGGACGGUGGCGACGACAUCGCCGGUGGAAAAGGACGCAUUGUCCGGACAGACUGGCGACACGAGCGUGGAGGUUGAAGAAAAACCCGCGCUGGAUCCAAAUAACCCAGUGUCCAACUGGCUCCACGCGAGUGCCACGAGAAAAAAGCGCUGUCCGUACACCAAGCACCAGAUCUUGGAGCUGGAGAAAGAGUUCCUCUUUAACACCUACCUGACCAGGGACCGUAGGUACGAGGUGGCGAGGCUGCUAAACCUCACCGAGAGACAGGUUAAGAUCUGGUUCCAGAACCGCAGGAUGAAGAUGAAGAAGUUUAAUAAAGACGGCGCACCGAAAGACGAGUGACUGAGCAGUAGAUAAGUAUUUAGUGCUCGUGGCGAGCUCUGUGUGUGUGUGUGUGUGUGCGUGUGUGUGGUGUGUGUGUGUGUGUGUGUGAGUGUGUGUGUGUGUGUGUGUGUGAGUGUGUGUGCGCGUGUGCGCGUGCGUGCGUGGAAGCUCGUAACUCUGCUGGACCUUGUUUUUAAACUUCACUGUCUUAUUGUUCUAUAUAACAGAAGCUAUCAGGCUUAAAUGUCUAAAAAAAAAAGCAUGUUGGGCUUCGUUUUGCUGCGACUACCUUUAUAUUGCACAAUUUUAACAGUGCCCAUAGUUGUUUUUUUAUUAUUAUUAUUAUUAUGUUGAUAUAUUAUUUUUUUAUUAAUACCUCGUUAAAGUGUAUUAGUUGGACUGGUCCCCGUGCUUGUUUUGUGUAAGGAUGUUUCUAGCUGUGUGUGUUUGUUUUCUGGUUUGUAGCAAUAGGCCUAUUCGUUGUCUAUCUCUGAGUCACAAUUGAGCGUCUAGUUUGUAAAAUGUGUUAAUUUUAUUGUUUCUCCCUCACUGCUAUAGAACACACGACUGAUGACCGUGAAUCUAACAUUGGAACCGUGUAGGCAAACAGACUCGUAGCGUUGUUGAAGUAGGUAGAUAUGAGCUCACAGACCUCUUGAAAAUGCUCACCGAAUUAAAAAGAUGACACAGAAGCUAAAUUACACGACAUUAUUUACUACCUAUGUCUUUCAACUACCUACAAUAAUUUAGUUUUUGUCUUCUUCCUCGAUGGCGGAUUACCGUAGAUUUUUGCUUGCAUUAGAUACUGAACUAUGUCUGAAUUUCAGGGAGUAAUAUUUUGAAAGAACAUGCUGUUUGUUAGCGAGAGAAAAAAUGGAAAUAAAAACACUGUAGGCUACUUAUUGAAUAUACCUCACGGUCGUGCCGACCGUCUGACUUUUUGGUUCACAAAUGUAAUUUGUACUUUAUUUAUUAAAUAAAACAAAUUAUAUCUGCGAA